CAGUGCCUGCGCCGAGCCCAGCCGUGCAGAGCCGCGCUGAGCCGUGCCGUGCCCUGCAGAGCCGAGCCGAGCUGAGCUGUGCGUGCAGAGCCGUGUCCUGCCCAGCCUUGCCGAGCCGUGUCCUGCCCAGCCCAGCCGAGCCGAGCCGCACCGCGCUGUGCCGUGGCAGCGCCCGCGCCCCGUACCGCCGGCCUCCGCGGGCGUCCCUUGCGCAGCCACCCGAGGUAGAUCGGCGGGAGCUUGCUCGGCCGUGAGGAGACGGCGAGGCGGUGUGAGGCUCUGAGCUGCCCCAGAAGUUUGCUGGCAGAAACUAUUGCCUUUACUGGCAAAGUCUUCAGGCUCUCCUCAGAGGAAUACCCCAUUGCCUAAGAUGAGUGGCUGUAGGAAGCGGUGUAAGCGGGAAAUAUUGAAAUUUGCCCAGUACCUUCUCAGGCUAAUCACAGGUUCUCUUCACACAGGUUUCCUCUACGCUCAGAACAGUACCAAACGCAGCAUUAAAGAGCGACUUAUGAAGCUCUUGCCCUGCUCGGCUGCCAAAACGACAUCUCCUGUUACUCAAAACACUGUAGAAGAUGAAAUGGAAAUGGCCACAGUACGACAUAGACCUGAAGCUCUUGAACUGCUGGAAGCACAGAGUAAAUUCACAAAGAAGGAACUUCAGAUCUUAUAUAGAGGUUUCAAGAAUGAAUGCCCCAGUGGUGUUGUCAAUGAAGAAACCUUCAAAGAGAUUUACUCUCAGUUCUUUCCACAGGGAGAUUCCACAACAUAUGCACAUUUUCUGUUUAAUGCAUUUGAUACUGAUCACAAUGGAUCUGUAAGUUUUGAGGAUUUUGUUAUGGGUCUCUCAAUUUUACUCCGAGGGACAGUACAGGAGAAACUGAACUGGGCUUUCAAUUUAUAUGAUAUAAAUAAGGAUGGAUAUAUAACUAAAGAGGAAAUGCUUGAUAUCAUGAAAGCAAUAUAUGAUAUGAUGGGGAAAUGCACUUAUCCUGUUCUCAAGGAAGAUGCACCUAGACAACAUGUGGAAACAUUUUUCCAGAAAAUGGACAAAAACAAAGAUGGAGUAGUUACCAUAGAUGAAUUCAUCGAGAGCUGCCAGAAAGAUGAGAAUAUAAUGCGAUCCAUGCAGCUCUUUGAAAAUGUGAUUUAAUGACGACAUCAGGUCUACAACUAAUGGAAAAAUACGAGCUAUUCUGCAACAUUAUCUAAAAAAUUGAUUUCCCACUUUAUCAUAAAUAAAGUUACUCAGCUUUACACUGA